AUGCUGCUCCCUCCGAGGACUUACCAGCUCGCCCAAACCCCCGACAAGGGCGCCAAACAAGCCGCUUCGCCCUUUCUGCACUGCACAAAGUCGCGGAAGGACAAGCUCGCGGCCCAGCAGAGUGCGCGCAGGAUGCUGCUCGUGCACCAGGCCGGAAGCGUCAAGGUGGGAGAGGUUGUCCGCUACACCCUGACCUACACGCCCGCCGAAGACCGCAUCCUCCCUUCGCCCCAGCACCUGUGUGUCAAAGUCCGCAACACUUCGGCCAUCCCCCUGCGCGCCGCAUACCUCCACGGGCCCUACACCCUGCACGUCGCCGCCUACCCCUCGACCUUCAACCCGAACCGCAAGGUCGAAAAUCCCAAAAAGGACGGCGUGCCGGACUUUGAGCCGAACCUCAAGGCCGGCGGCUCCUUCACCACCACCCUCGUCGUCCCCGAGGACAUUCGCGAGCAUGGCGGCAAUCGCGCCGCCACCAGCGACGACGGCCAACCCAAGAGCGCUACCUGGAUAAUCGAGAUACAUUCGCAGAUCCUGUUCUCGAAUUCGGCGUCGGUCAACUUCGAGGUUCUGGUCGGCCGCGACGAGCGCUCCGUCGAGUACGGCGUCGCGACGGGCGCGGCGGCCACACACGGCCAGGUCCAGGAUCACCAGCAGGGCCAGCACAAGGGCCGCCGCCCUUCGCAGCCAAAGGGCGUCUAUUCGCGUGCUGUCAAGCUCGUUGUCGACGACACGACGAGUCUUUGGAACAAGCCCGCGCUGCCGGAAUGGGAGGAUGAGGGCGAGGACAAGGGCGCGGAGCGCGCGUCACAAGACGGACAUACUGGCAAAGAAUCGCAGCAGGAGAACAAGGUCAAGAAGCAGAAGAAUAUCCACGUCGUUAUUAUCACGCAUGGCUUGCACAGCAAUUUGGGAGCGGACAUGCUUUAUUUAAAAGAGAGCAUUGAUGCCUCAGCAGCGCAAGCGCGGAUGGAUGCCAGGAAGAGGAAGAGAGCGGCAAGAAAAGGGAAGCCUGCGCCCGAAGAGUCGGACAAUGUCGCCGGCACGUCGACCGCUCCGCUUUCUGGAGGGCAGGAGGACAUUGACGAGGACGCGGCCGAGGACGACGAUUCGGAUGACGAAGAAGUCAUCGUGAGAGGCUUCGGCGGCAAUGCCGUUCGCACCGAACGAGGCAUCCAGUACCUAGGGAAGCGCCUCGCCAAGCACAUUUUGGAAUUGACGCAUCCGGACCAGCCCUUCCUGCCGGUGAAGAAGACGCUGAAGAAGAAAAUGUCGCAUACUUUUGCCGGCUCGAAACAGGACGAGGACGAGGGCAUACCGGCGCACGGGGGCAGCAGCGUCCACCAAAGCCGUCCCGGCUCCGAGGAGAAGCCCCGGGCGUACCGGUAUACGAGCAUCAGCUUCGUUGGGCAUUCGCUCGGCGGCCUGGUCCAGACGUACGCCGUGGCCUACAUCCACAAGCACUCGCCCGAGUUUUUCCUCAAGAUCAAGCCCGUCAACUUCAUUUGCCUGGCUUCGCCGCUGCUGGGCCUGAGCAAUGAGAACCCGAUGUACGUCAAGUUUGCGCUGGACUUUGGUCUCGUCGGACGUACCGGGCAAGACCUGGGCUUGACGUGGCGGCCGCCGACGCUGGCGCGGAACGGCUGGGCGGCCAUGGUCAGCGGGUUUGGUGGGCAGAAGGACCAGAAGCAGGAGGACCCGGGCGCGAAGCCGCUGCUGCGGAUCCUACCGACGGGUCCGGCGCACCAGGUGCUACGCAUGUUCCGCAACCGCACCGUCUACUCGAACGUGGUCAAUGAUGGCAUCGUGCCGCUGCGCACGAGCUGCCUGCUCUUCCUGGACUGGCGGGGCCUGGGGCGCGUGGAGAAGGCGCGGCGCGAGAACGGGCUGGUGGGCACGCUGGCGAGCUGGGGCUUCGCGGAGCUGACGGGACAGAACUCGUCGCCGAACCCGUCGCGGCUGGCGAUUCCCGACAUGUACCAAAACAACGACGACAGCGGGACGAGCACGCCCAUAACGCCGAUUGGCGAGGGCCCGUCGACGACGGUGCCGCAGCCGGGCGAGGACGCGGUUAACCAGGACGAGACGGCCCAGGCGAGUAGCGAGCCCCAGUCGCAUCAGUUUUUGUCAGACAAUCAGCGUGAGACGGUGCAGAGCGCGACGUCGCCGAAGAAGGCCGGCGCGUCUAACCAGAGCAGUGCUUCGAAUACGAAUCCGAUCACGGGGUUCAUCAACUAUCUAAAGGGGGCGACGACGACGCCCAAGGACAAGAGAAUGUACAAGCGCAGCCAGACACUCAUGGCCAUGGGAGACGAGGGGCAAGAGGGUAGGUCACACUCGUCAGAAGAAGAGCAGCAGCAGCAGCAGCACGGUAGGCCGCCCGCAACCCGAGGUGACUCUUCGACAGAGGAUGCGCACAACGACAACGCUCCGCCAAAGACGACGCUCUUCGAGAUGGCGGGCGACAUUCUGAACCCGCCGAUCCCGCCCAUGAGCUGGAUCAUCGACCCGGCGACGCGCUCGCGCACAAUCUUCCACGACCGCGUCUACCACCCGGAAGACAUUCCCCCGCCACCGCUCAAGCGGCCCGGCCGCAUGGCGCGCUCCUUCUCCGAGCACAGCGUAGGCAGCACGUCGACGGCCGAGACGGCGCACACGGCGACGGACGGCAGCGGCAUGCGCGUCGAGGAGAAGAUCGCGCGCUCCUACCACAAGGACCUCUCGUGGCGCAAGGUGCUGGUGCGCCUCGAGCCCGACGCGCACAACAACAUCGUCGUAAGACGCAUGUUCGCCAACGCCUACGGCUGGCCCGUCAUCCAGCACCUGUGCGACACGCACUUUGCCGACACGUGGACGGCGCGCACCCGCGACGAGCGCGAGCCCGCGCGCGACCGCGCCAAGCGCGCCCUCGUGCCGGGCCGGGCCGAGGAGGUCAGCGGGCAGCGGGCGCGGGGCACGCCUCCGUUGGGGGAAGGGGGCGAGGUCGAGCUGCGCGAGGAGGCCGACGAGUUGGCGCCGUUGAGGGAAGCGGAGCGUGGGACUGGCUUGACGCUGAGUCCGUCCAGCGCGGCUGCUGCCCCGCGCGAUGCCGAUGCCGCACUGGCGGCGCAGCGCCUGCGCAGGCAGGACAGCGAGAAUUGGGACGAUGCGUAUUUUGAGGGCGGCGAGGACUCGUCGGAUGAUGAGGGUCGUGGUGGGAGCAAUGGGGGUGGAGGGUACUUUCAGCGGUUCUUGUCGCCUGCGCCGAGGGGGAAGAAGGGUGCGAGUGCGGGGGCGGGGGCGAAGACGGGGCAGCAGCAGCAACAGCAGCAGCAGCGCGCGGUAUCGGGUCCCACGUCGGCGCCGGGGUCUGCCUCUAUUUCUACAUCCACUCCCACUCCCGCGGGCCCAACAACAACAUCAACAACAGCAAAAAGCACCGCCCCAGACAACGAACAAACGUCGCGCGACGAGGCAGAGCUCGCGUUCGACGCCGCGCGCGCCGGCACCUCGGCGGCCGAGAUAGCGGAUUUCCUGACCAGCAGCCCGCGGCCGUCGAUGCAGGUGCAGGUGGAGGGGCACAGGGGCCUAGGCUGGGCGUCAGACUCUAGGUCAGGCUUCGGUGAUAGCGAGGGCGAGGAUGAUGGCGAGAAUGAGAGGGAAAGAGGCAGGGGCAAGGAACGGGGAAGUGAUCCCCGCAAGGACCGCAGCGCCAUUGUGCUGAGUCCGCUGCCUUCGCCCGGGUUGGGCGGUGCUGGCGGUGAUGGUGGGGGGAAGGCGCCGAUGGUGUCGCCUAGGCUGGGGGGAGGGGGCGGUGCUGGUGCGAGUGGGGGUGGGUAG